UUGUUAGCUCCUUAUGAACAUUGCUCUACUUACUGUUGUUGCUAGCUGCAUUGAUGAUAUAGUAUUUAUUUAAAAUUGUUUGCAUCUAGUUACAAAAACAUCAUUUGCGUUAUGUCGGUAUUACUACUCAUUUAAAUUGACUUCUAUUGAAGCAAAAGUUAUUUUCUUGUUGUAUUCUAAUAUAUUUUCCUCGUCGUUGGCCAAACUCUCUUGACUUGUCUACAAACUUCUAAACUCAAAUAAUAAGUUCUUAUACAACCCCUUAAAUAGAUAAUCCUCGAAGUUGCUUUUCUACAUCGUCUUAAAAUAAAUAAAAUAUCAUUACAUUUAUUUCGUUGUGGAUAUAAAAACAUAACAAUCCGAAUCUAAAUCACAAUCACUGUUUGAGGAAGUGGAAGGCAAAUAAGAUCUGAAAUGACGAAAGUGAAAGGGACAAUACAGUCAUCAAUCAUCAUUGCUUCGGUUAACUUAAAGUAAACGAGUACAAUGUGACCGACAACUCUCGGUAAACCACUUGAACCACCGACAAAGCUGCCCGGUUAACAUGUAACGGCAUCACUCACAACGACCACGAUCUUCACGGUCCGUCAUGUUAUUAAAUGCCUCUCAUUUAAAUCAUGUACUCAUAUGCAACCCGCGAGCCAGAUAAAGUCGCUUUUACGGUUUCUAGAUAACGAAAGCUCUUUUGAGAAAACUGGUGUAUUGGUGAUCCCCAAGUGAAGUAGUUGUUUUCUUGUUCUUGUUUUUGUGUUCUUCUUCUUUUUAUGCUUCAUAUGUUUUAUGCACUUUACAUUCUUCUUGUUUCUCUCUGAAACUGAACCAUGAUUCAUACUUCUUUGAAGUGAAGUUCUGUGGGUUGAUAAAAUCUAUAUGAUGAAAAUCAUUCUUGUGAUCAUUCACUAGAUACAAAGAGAAUGCACUCAUUUCUAUAAAUAACUAGGAACUUGUGAGAAUCUAUUUGAUUGCUUGCCUUUUUUAGUACUAUUAUAUAAAUCUUUUUCAUAUGCCAAUAAUGUCGUUUUCCUUUUUAUAUCCUAAUUUGCCUUGGGAAUAUACACAACUGAGUGUUUUGUCAUUUUCCUCUGCUACUUUUCAGACUCUUUAACUUGAAAGUUGUUAAGUAACCGCUGCAACGGAGAAGAAGUGAAGAGAGUUUGGUGAUAUGAUGAAGGGAAGAACAUCUAACACUGUACAGUCCAAUAGGCCUACAAAAAAUGGGAGAAGAGAUCAAAAGCCACAGAAGAAAAACGGUGCUACAAGAGCUUCAGAGCAAGAAAGACUCAAGUCUUUGGAAGCUAAAGAAGAAUCUAAGGUCUCUGAAUCAGUAAGUCUUACAACUACACAAGCAGAUGAUAACACCGUGAAUGGGUCUUCAGAGAGUCAUCCAGAGUCCGAGUCUAGUGAAGUCGCAAAGAAACAAGAGACUGUGAAUGGCUUGGUGAAAGAUUUUGAUGACGAUAAGAGAGCGGAUCUUUUGGUUGAAGAAGUUCAAGAAGAUGCUUCAGAUAAUGGCAUUAGUAGUGGAAGUGAGAAGGAGGCAAGUGAAGAUGAAGAAGCAUUGAAACAAAAGGUUGAGAGUUUGGAGACAAGAAUUGAGAAACUUGAAGAUGAGCUAAGAGAAGUUGCAGCUCUAGAGAUUUCGCUCUAUUCGGUUGUACCAGACCACUCUAGCUCAGCUCACAAGCUUCACACUCCUGCUAGAAGAGUUUCAAGACUGUACAUCCACGCUUGUAAACAUUGGAGUCAAGAAAAGCGAGCAACUGUUGCUAGAAACACAGUCUCUGGUCUCAUUUUAGCUGCUAAAUCUUGCGGAAAUGAUGUUUCAAGAUUAACGUUCUGGUUAUCAAACAUAAUCACUUUGAGAGAGAUCACUUCACAUGCAUUCACGCAAACCUCUAAAUCCAAUGGGAGUGAAACCUUCACUGCAGCAUUAAAGAAAGUCGAGUUCUGGAUCUUCUCUAGAAUUGUUGAAUCUGUUUGGUGGCAGGUCUUCACUCCUCAUAUGCAAUCUCCCGAAAAUGACGGUAAAACGAAUGAGAAACUAAAGGGAGAUCAAGAGCAAGGAAGCUUUUCAAUUAGCCUAUGGCAAAAUGCUUUCAAAGCUGCACUAUCAAGGCUUUGUCCUACGCGAGGAGAAGGACAUGAGUGUGGUUGUUUACCUAUCUUGUCUAAAAUGGUAAUGGAGAAGUGUAUAGCUAGAGUUGACGUAGCCAUGUUCAACGCUAUACUACGCGAAUCAGAACACCAGAUUCCCACAGAUCCUGUCUCUGAUCCUAUUCUUGAUUCCAAAGUUCUGCCUAUAACUGCUGGAGACUUAAGCUUUGGAUCCGGAGCACAGCUUAAAAACGCGAUUGGAAACUGGUGUAGAUGUCUCGCUGAAGACUAUGUAGAAGAAGAUGAGAAGUACUUCAGUUUGUUAAACGAACUUAGCGAUCUACUUAUGCUUCCUAAAGACAUGCUUAUGGACUUGUCCGUUAGAGAAGAGGUAUGCCCAUCGAUUAGUCUUCCAUUGAUAAAAAGAAUACUCUGCAACUUUACUCCUGAUGAGUUUUGUCCUGAUCAUGUCCCUGGAGCUGUCCUAGAGGAGCUUAACGCUGAGAGCAUUUCGGAUCAGAAGUUAUCAGGAGUUACCUUCCCUUAUGCAGCUCCACCUGUUACAUACAUUCCUCCAACAUCAACCAAUGUAGCAAAGAAAAUUUCAGAGGUAGGAGGAGACAUGUCUAGGAACGCGUCGGUGAUACAAAGGAAAGGAUACACGAGCGACGAGGAGCUUGAUGAGCUGGAUUCUCCUCUUACGUUUGUUAUUGACAAAUUCUAUGUAUCACUAAAUUCAGGACACAAUGGGAAGGUGAAGCAGCAAGACGAGCAAGUAGGUGAAGUGGUAGAGAAUGUAAGAUAUGAGCUUCUUAGGGAAGUGUGGUCUAUGUGAGUGAUCUGAAGCCAAACAUGUUGGGACUUUGGUGAGGCUCUUGUUACUACUGAAACAACUAAGUCUUGUCGAAGUGAUUAUAUUUAGCUGUAAGGAUUUUAAUGAAUAUGUUGUUAGAGAAAACUGUAUUUAGCGUCUUAAGAGGCAAUAAAACUCUAUUUAACAACAUCGUCACAAGAGAACUGUAUUUAGCGUCUUUGGCUCUUUGCUUAUGGCUUAGACACUACAGAAGGAUACUUCUAACGUCCCACAUCGGUAAGAUAGAGAUGCAUUAGUCAUAAACUUCACAUAUAAAAAGGAAGCUGAGCCUUUGUUCCAAAUCAUACCUUUCUCGGCCUUUUGGCUACGAUCAAGUGUAGUAUCUGUUCUUAUCAGUUUAAUAUCUGAUAUGUGGGCUAUCGGCCUGCUCGAUAUUAACUCUAUUUUUUAAGGAUGAAAGUCCACUAAGAUAGCUUGCUAUCUGGGCUUUCAAGAGUCGUCCAUGCGUUGCACUAUUGCACGGGCUUGGCUCAACCCA